AUGAUUCCCAACUAUCCCCGGACAAUCUCAUUCUGGCGCCUGGUGACUGAUCAGCAAGUCAUCACCCAGGAGAUUCUGAACCACGAGUAUGCUGGAUCUGGCACUGAAAAUGACCCUCAUGUAGUGUCCUGGCUACCAGAAGAUCCCCGCAAUCCAAUACAAUUCGCCAUGGCAAGAAAAGUGAUGAUUGUGGUGAUGACGGGUUUUGCAGCGCUUAUAAUAUCUCUAGCAUCCUCUGCCUACAGUGGGAGUAUUGGAGGUGUCAUCCAGCACUUCAACAUCAGUGAAGAAGUGGCUACCUUAGGCCUCUCACUUUAUGUCAUUGGCUUCUCUAUAGGACCACUAUUAUGGGCACCUCUAAGUGAGAAUGUUGGGAGACAGAUUCCUUUUUUCAUCUCAUUUCUACUUCUGGCAGCUUUUUGUGCAGGAUGUGCCGCGGCACAAAACAUUCAGACACUUUUGAUUCUGCGCUUCUUUGCUGGAGCAUUUGGCUCAUCUCCCCUCACAAAUGCAGGUGGAGUCGUCUCUGAUAUGUUUACUUCGCGGCAGCGGGGUCUUGCACUUUGUCUAUUUGCAUCUACUCCCUACAUUGGCCCGGCAGUCGGUCCACUCAUAGGUGGAUUUCUAGAAAUGAACGCCGGUUGGCGGUGGGUUGAAGGGCUUCUGGCCGCAUGCGCGGGGCUAGUAUGGAUCUUGGUAACAUUCACUGUUCCAGAGACCUACGCGCCAGUCCUCCUGCGAAAACGCGCUGUAAAGCUUUCCAAGCUAACUGGGAAAUGCUACCAGAGUAAACUUGACUUGGGCAAAGAAGAUGUGGCCUUAUGGAAGCACCUAAAAACUGUGUUUUCGCGACCAUGGGUGUUGCUGUUUUGCGAGCCAAUUGUUCUGCUUUUCACCUUCUAUGCUGCUGUCAUCUAUGGAACACUCUACAUGCUUUUUGCUGCAUUUCCCAUUGUUUAUGAACAAGAACGGAAAUGGAAUCCGGGAGUGGGAGGCCUUCCUUUCCUGGGAGUCUUGGUAGGCAUGCUUACUGCGAUUGCCUACACUGUCAUGGAUAAUCAGCGAUACAUCAAGUGUCAAGAAAGACAUAACGGCUUUGCACCACCAGAGGCUCGUCUCCCACCUUGCAUGCUUUCCGCCAUAACAGUCCCCAUCGGCUUGUUCUGGUUUGCAUGGACAAAUUCCCCAUCUAUUCACUGGAUGGCCAGCGUGGCAGCACUUGUCCCAUUCGGAUUUGGCUUGGUCAUUGUAUAUAUGGGGAUUGUCAACUACCUUGUCGACUCAUACACUGUUUAUUCUGCGUCUGUGCUGGCAGCCAUGUCCGUUUUACGAUACAUGUUUGGUGGCGUGUUUCCUUUGUUCACGACCUACAUGUACAAAGGCCUGGGUAUCCAUUGGGCUUCGACCAUUCCGGCCUUUGUCUCUGUGGCGUGCAUACCACUGCCAUUUCUUUUCUAUAAAUACGGUGCGGCGAUUCGGGGACGGUGUAAAUAUGCUGCUAUUUCGGCAAGCCACCUCCGGAAAUUACAAGAAAUGGCUGCGGCAGAGAAAGGCACCGGCGAGAAUAAUCCCGCGAGCAAAUAG